CCGCCGGGAACGCGGACCCUGAGCGGAUCCCGGGAGCGCGAUGAGACUGCCUUGGGGCUCACCGAUCUGGGGUGGCCUCGUUGCGAUCGUCUCCAUCGCAGUCGGUUUGUGCUGCCUGCGGAUCGAAGUCCUGUACAGAGCUUUUACGUUUCACAGUCACAGGCCUGUGGGAAGUAUGGAAAAGAAUCUUCAGCUGGUCAGAAAUAUCAUCCCUCCUUUAACUGAGAAAAAACACAAAGGACAAGAUGGAAAGAUAGGAAUUAUUGGCGGAUGUACGGAAUAUACAGGUGCACCAUACUUUGCGGCAAUUGCGAGUCUUAAAGUGGGUGCUGACCUUUCUCAUGUGUUCUGCACUAAAGACGCUGCCCCAGUUAUUAAAUCCUACAGCCCAAAUGUGAUUGUUCAUCCUGUCCUAGAUGCUUCUAGUGGUGUGGAGGAUGUGGAGAAAUGGUUUCCUGCUCUGCAUUCAAUGGUGAUUGGGCCGGGUCUAGGAAGAGAUGAGAAAGUCUUGCAGAAUACAAAGGUUAUAAUGCAGAAAUGUCAGCAGCGAGGAAUACCCCUUGUAAUUGAUGCUGAUGGAUUAUGGGCGGUUGCCCAAGAUCCCUCUGUGAUCCAGGGAUAUCGUAAAGCCAUCUUAACACCAAAUGUGGUUGAAUUUUCCAGACUCUACAAUGCGGUGCUCAAGGGUCCUUUCAAUGAGUGCGAUUAUUCAGGCAACUUGCUUCAACUAAUUCAAGCAAUGGGGAAUGUGACAAUUGUCCUCAAGGGAGAAAAAGACCUCAUAUCUGAUGGAACUACAGUAUUGGCGUGCUCACAGCGAGGCAGUGGUCGGAGGUGUGGAGGUCAGGGAGAUCUGCUUUCGGGAGCGCUGGGUGUCCUGGCCCAUUGGGCUUUUACUGCUGGGAAUGAGAAAACAGAUGGGUUAAAUCCCACACUUAUAGCUGCAUUCGGAGCUUGUGCCUUGACAAGGCAGUGCAACCACCAGGCUUUCCUAAAACAUAGGCGUUCAAUGACCACCUCAGACAUGAUUGAGGAGAUCAGCACAGCUUUUAACAAACUCUUUGAGAGCUAGGGAGAAGAACUGGCUAUUGGAAUGGAAACUGAAGUGCAAGAGUUCACGUGGGCUAUAUAAGCUGCUUACAGACAGUUCCCCAGAAUUAACUCUCAAGUUGGUUGUUUCAAAAAAAAUGUCUAAGUGCAGCCAGCCAGCUGCAGCUAAAGCACGGGAACUAGCAGUUACAAUCUGCUGAAUAAACGCAUCAAAAUAACAAAUGUUUUGAUGGUUCUAAGUAGGAUUGACAUUGGUGGUGUGGGGACAGAGCAGCAAGUCCAUGAUUAUAAAGCCCACUGCUCACAGUUACCAUGCUUUAGCCCUCCAUGUUGGAUGACUUGCUAAAGGGUUGAUUAAAGUUAUUUUCACUCCCUGAUCUAAAUAAAAACACAGGUUACUCCUUUGAAUUACAGAUUGUGUUUCUUUUUCUCCAAUGUGGCAUUUGAAUUCCAUUGCGUUAAACAGCAGAGCUUGCCUUUUUUGAGGGCAGCUUCCAUUUUGUCUGUAAUGCUGUAAUCUGUGCAGUGAUUGCUUGGCCAUGAUAACAUGAAUUAUGUUCAUUGCUGAUCCCCCUCCCCCCUUGGGGAUUAGGAAACACGAGGCAUGCUUAGUUAAAGCACAGUUGGACCUUUUUUAGAAUCAGCUGUUCUCAAUGGGUAACACUUGUACCUCUUGAAGUAGAAUGUUGUGCUAUCAAGCCUGUGUCCUGAGAGGUGAGCCUAUAAUCGAUUGAUGGCUCCAGCCCUGUACAGGAGGGGCAGGCUGACAUAGGGAGAGGGGGCAACCAUCAGCACUCCACUGUAAGAACUUCACUGUUGAUCCUGGAUUUAAAUUUUAUCAGGACUGGAAUAGACCUCUCGCUCCAUCAUGCCUGUGCUGGAGCGAUACAGUUAGUCCCACUCAUGCCUUCCCCAUAGUUUUUAAAUUUUUACCCCAUUUGAGUGUUAAUCCAAUUCACUUUCAAAAAUUGCUAUUGAAUCUGCUGCUACUAUCCUUUCUGGCAUAAUACGCAACUGCGCACUUGUGGGAGUUUUUUACAUAUAUUCAAAUCAGUGCUGUUUUGUUAUUGGACCUCCUGCAAUUGAAAAGUUGUUUUUCUACAAAAAUCCUUCAUAAUGUUGAUCAGAGCUGAUGGGAAAUAUGCGACCCUCCUGAUAUUAGGACCAAGGAACCAUGGGUUGGAAUAAAAGUCAACGUUCCUGAAGCUGUUUUAAUAACUUUUUUUUUGGAUCUGACCACUUGUUUUGUGAUUUUCUUUUUGUAUCAGAAUCCUCAAUGUUUCUGCUUCUCCACAGUUCCAAAACUUAACAGCAUUUAAAAAAAUACUUUACGGACUAUUUUGUCUGCAAAAUGGUUGAAAAGCCUAUUAAUGCUGUGGUGAAUACCAAGGAACUGACUGUCCUGAAUAUCAGAAUUCAUAUUGUGGUUCUGAUCUACCAUGGGACAUCUACAAGACUUUAAAAUAAGUGCAUUUAUCAUUCUGUUUUGAUUUAGCAAAAAUGACCAAGGAACCUGCAGCCAAACACAGCUCAUUCAAACUUAGUAUCAGAGAAACAGGAUCCAGUUGCCUGCAAGGAAUGAUUUUCAUCAGUAAUACUGAAUUAAAAGCACAAAGUUCCUUUAAUGAAUAAAGGGUUUAAAAAAUUCAACCUGGGAUUGCUUUUUCAAAUGAAGCUGCCACCCAACAAUUAAACAGAAAAUACUGGAAAAACUCUAAUCAACCAGCAUCUGAGGAGACAGCAAAAAAGACAAUGUUCAAGGUUAAUGACCUUUAACCAGGACUACUAUCUGUAAACUGGAAAUUAGCAGCACGAGCAAAGAAUCAACAGACCUAUGUGCUAUGUGGGAAGUCAGUGUAACAUUGCAGGACAUUACCUCAAGAUGCUAUAAUUGGUAACUGCACAAAACACUGUCAAUUCUUGUUCUUCAUGAACUUGCAAAAUCCAUUGAUGGGUGUGCAAGCUUAGCACACAUUUGGGGGUGGGGGGUAAUAUUUUUUGAAUAGUACGAUUUAAAAAGUCUAGAACUGUUUUAGUGCUAAGUACUCCAUCCUCCCUCUCUUUUGCUCACUAUUUUCCACACAUCCUCCUCCUCACUUCGUCCCCUCUCUUCUCCACAACCCCACCUAUCAGAAACAGAUAAACUAGUCAUUACAGUUUGAACUUGUCCAUUUUGACGAGAUAAAACAAAAUGGAAGCAUAUUAUCUCAAUGAUGGGAGAUUACAGAGCUCUAAGGUGCAGUGCGUGCAUACAUGAAUUGCAAACGUUCAGUAAACAGGUACACUAUUGUAAAUCAAAAGCUGACAUCAUUUACUGCAAGAAAAAUUGAAUACAAAAGGAGGGAGGUUAUGCUUCAGUUAUUCUGAGCAGUGGCAAGAUAAAUUUGGAGUAGCGUGUACAGUAUUUGAUUAAUUUGUUAAGAUAAGAUGUAAAGGCAUUGCUGGCUUCACAGAAGUUUUACGACACUAAUACCUGCAAUGAGCAAGUUGUCUUAUGAGGCUGGGCUUGUAUUUGCUGGAGUUUAGAAGACUAAAACUGAAACAUAUCUUGAGUUCUGAUGGGGUGGAUAUCUAGAGGCUGUUUCUGUGUGGGAGAAACUAGAACUAAGAAUUACUAUUGAAAAAUUAAGAGGUCACUCAUUUAAGACAGAACAUCCUUCUCACAAGAUGGUCAUGAGUCUUUGCAACUCUGCUUCAACUACCUCUGGAGGAAGAGUCUUUGAUGCAGGUAGAUUCUUGAUUUAGCAAGAGGGUGAAAAAUGAUUGAGAGUAGAUGGAAAUGGGAAUGUAGAGAACCAGAUCAGCCAUGAUGAUAUUGAAUGAUGGAGCAAGCUUGAGGGGCCAAAUGCACUACCCCUGCCCCCAAAUCAUAUCUUCACACAUACAUUAUUAGGUAUUUAGGUUGUUCUAAAACAACCUGAAUUGUCUGUGGGUGUGUUCAGCUAUUACUCUAUGACAGUGUAAACUUAAUUUUCAAAACUUUGCAUAACUUGUCAAGUACAUAAUUUUAAUUUUUAAUUGAUGUACAAGAAAGAAAUAACAUGACCAAUCAAGAUAUUAUCUAGCUAAUGACAAUGUAUGAUAAACAAUAGUUUUAAAAAUACCAUGAUUCAUCCAGUAGGUGGAAUGGGAUCCAUCAGUUUUUCCUCACCAUUAUUUGCUGUAACUAUGAUUGAGAAGCAAUGUGUUCCCCAAUUGGAAAUGUGACAGACAGACCUGAUUCACUGGAUAGGCACUGCAUCGUCACUAAGCCAGGGUCCAGCAAAAUUAAUCAUGGACACACCCACUUUUCACUCCAGGAUGCAAACACUGAAUGUGACCCCUUGGCGUCACAGUCCAACAUUUCUAUGGUAAGCAACUCCCUUGGUUUAUAAUACCAAUGAACACUUUAGCUCAAAGAUAACACAGCCUUUUCCAUGACUGUCAAUGGUUUAUGUUAACACCCCAAUACUGGUGUUGUAAGUCUGCAGCGAAUGAUCAGGCUUCAUUUUUCUUUUCCUUUUGUAAGUUGUUCCAUCAUCUCCCAUGAUGAAGUUACUCCUCGAUCCUAGGAAAGCAAAAAUAAAGGAAGUUUGUUCAGAGAUUCUGGAGAAAUAUCACAUAUCAAAUGAUGAAAAAUUAACACUGCUCCUUUAAAUCACUGUUCAAAUAGUAUAACUAGAAAUUUUCAGACUAUCCAACAAAUCUUCAUUGUCUGCUGCUCUAAGUAGAUGGAACGAAGGCUAACCCUUGAUCCCAGUGUGCCCCCGCCAUUUAGCAAGGGGAAAUUGUCACUAUUUAUGACCACUUUAUACGGGAUGCAGAAGUGUUUGAAAUUUAACAAAGUGAGGUUUGAUUUUAAAAGUUUCUGUAAAUUCCUACCAUUUUUAACAAUUUGUAUCUGGCUUCAUCUCAAUAAAUUACCAUCAAAUUCAGCUAAUCAAAACAGUGGAUAAUUGCAGUCAGAUGUCCCUCAUAAUUUACAACAAUCUAUUUAAUUCACAGGAGUCCCAGACUACGGAAUGGCCUAUUGCACAGUACAGGCAAACUCUCAAAUUGCAGUGCCCGGUUGUCACAGCCAUAAGCUACUGAAUUCACUUCUUGAACACCUCUAAUCUCUCCACCUUUAUCUUUUUAGCAUCCUCCCUAAAUCUAUUACUUUCACCAAGCUUUGGUCUUCUGUUCUAAUAUCACAAAUGCAUCCACAUUAAAUUUCAUUGGAUAAUGCUCCUGUGAACUGCCUUGACACAUGUUUUAAACAUUAAAAGAGCUAUAUAAGUACAAGACAUUGCUCAAAGUAUGCCAAAUGGAAUCCAUUUACAGGAGCACUGAGAACCACUGAACCAAAGACCCACCUUUGUUCUUGCUUUUGAUGUAGCUUUGUUGAAUUUGGUACGGUUGAGGUGUUUAUUAAAAUGCUGUAAAAACUUACUGAUCUGGACUAACCACCAGUGUAAUUGAUUUGUGAAUGGCUGCUUAUUGAAUGUGGCUAUAUAGCCGUGGAUGGCUAUGUGUGUCAGUUUAUCUUUAAAAGGAUAUUGAGCACUGUAAUCAUGGUGAACAGCUUUUGUGUUCAAUCUAAUGGAGAGCAUUCAGUUUGGAUUUACUUGGAUACCAGAUGUAGACUCUCAGUUUGUGAGAAGUGCAAGGCCCUAAUGGGAGAGUUUUUCAUGCCAAGUUCAGCAAUGACACUAAAAUAUGUAGGUGGAAGCAUCAGAAAUUUGUGCAAAAAGAAACUGAUAAUUGAUCAAGAUUUGUGGCUGGUGUGAAUUGGUAGGGAGUGAAAUGGAAAAAUCAAUGGUGGCAUAAGACAGGAGAAACAGGUACAGCAAAUGCUAAUGAAAAGUGAUGGCUGACCAUCAGGGUUUCUCUAGUCAGUAACUUAGACAAGAGAGUUUUGUUCAAGCCAUAUUAAAAUUAAAGAUUCACUAAGGUGGAUGAGAAAUACAGUAUUGCCAGUUAUCAUCAGCAGAACAAAGAAGUUGGCUGGAAUUACACGCACCACCAUUUGGUUCAAGGCAUUUCCACACAUGGACUGAACAGACAGUACAAACUCUCUAUAAAUCUUUGCUAUUUUUACCUCUUGUGACUUAAUUUCUCAAGCACAAAUACUCAGCUGGAAUCAUAAAAUGGCUACAAUACAGAAAGAGGCCACUCAGUCAAUUAUAUCUAGGCCGACUCUCAGCAAGUGAAACUCCCUUACCCCAAUCCACUCUUUUCCCUGUGGACUUGCAAACUCUUUUUUUCUUACUGUACUGACCCCAGUUCUCUUUCCAAAGUUACAACUGAAUUUGUCUUAAGCAGUAUACCAGAUCUUAACUACUUGCUGAAUUUUUAAAAAACCUUUUCCCCAUGUCACUGUUGCUUUAUUGUCAAUCACUUUAAAUCACUGUGCUCUUAUUCAUAAGAUCAAAUGAAACAGGAGCAAAAGUAGGCUAUUGUGCCAGUUCUGUCUUUCAAUAAGAUCAAGGCUGAUCUUAUUUUAGACUUAAAACCACUUUCCUGGCUGCGUGCACACACACACAGACACACACACACACACAGACACACACACACACACAGACAUACACACACACACACAUACAUACACACACACACAGACACACACACACACAUACAUACACACACACAGACACACACACACACACCCAGACACACACACACACACACAGACACACACACAGUCACAGACACACACACACACACACACACACAGACACACACACAU